AUGGACUCUGCUGUAACAGGGUCAAAAAAGCGUAAGGGUGGUGGUGGCAAUACUCAGCUGAAAUACGUCUACUCUGGAAUGGGUGGCCAGAGGGAAUUUGUCUCACACUGCGUGGAGCUGUGGAAUGCCUAUCAUUUGAAAAAAGGGAAAAAUAAAAAGAAAAUUCCACUCUCGAGAGAAGUGCAAAAAGUCCUCGCCAAGGCCGGGUAUGAGCAGAAGACUAAACAUUUCAAUGAUAAAGGGCUGGUGCCGAGGCUCAGGGGAAAGAAGUUGCGCGUGGUGUGGUAUCAGCCCGAGGAGAGGAUACUGGCAUGCAACGAUGACAAGGGAGAGCUCUUGCUAGUCUCUGAUGUGGUUGUACAGAGAGGCGCAUGCAAGAGGGAGGAGGAGGUUGGGUUGUUCUCGACGAGGGCUCGUGAGUUGGGCGAGGCGUGGUAUGAGAAAAUAUCUACAUGCGGUUUCCUCAAGAAGCGAGACGUGAAAUUCACGAUGGCCUACGAUCAAACCUCAAGCGACUUCCCUACCUGUCAUGAUGCUAUCGAAACUAUCAGCUCCUUCGUCCACUUUGAAGAUGAUAUUGUUGGAGGAGUUGGAGACUUGUUUGACCCGGAGUCGAGUUUGCACAAGCGCGAAGGAAUCUUCGAGAAUCCACAGCAUGAACCCAAAAGAUUCAAAGCUCAUCUGUCCAUCGGCGCCAAGACGAAAAUCAAUCCAGGCUUUGCUGCGAGGAAAGCAACUCCUAAGAGGAAUACCCAAAAAGAGGCAAAAUUUGACUUCAACAAAGGCACCAUCGCUACCGCUCUCUUCCCACAUCGUCCUGAUGCCGUGGAGAUCGUACCCAAUACUUGGAAGGAACUCAGCGAGAGCUCUGCAUCUAAACGCACCUUCACUGGAAUGGUGAAGGUUGUGUACGGCAAGAAGUCUACUUUACAGCAGGAAGUGAAAUUGGAAGUUGAGGCUGAUGUUGACAGUUUGAACGACCUACGACGUGCACUAGGGGUCCCUGUUGUGGUAGAGGCCUUGCCUUUAGCUGCUACUAGUAGUCUUCCUCUUACAUCGACUAUGGAGAUCAACUUUAAAGUCACCAAGAAGAACGCGUUGAAGGUCCUUAGAGAUGAGAAAAAUAUAAAAAAGUAUUUCGUGAAAACUGACAUCGCCACGCCGUCUCGAAUCACUUCUGACGGCGAAAUUGAUACUGAUGUGGUAUUGCAUGAAGGGAAGAUGAGGCCACGAGGGCCUCUGGUGAGGGGUGAGGGCGGACAGGAGGAGAGGGAACGUAGAUUACCUGUGGAGGAUAUUGAACAGCGAAGGAUUGAUAUUGUUGAGGAUGGCCUGAAUGGACAGCAGGGGGACUUCAAUACUGCUGCUGCUGGUGGUUAUGAUGAUGAUGAGGAGGAGGAGGGAAUUGAAAUGCUCGACGAGGAUGGAGGUAACGGAAGAGAGGACCAAGAAGGGGAGUAUUAUGAUGACGAGAACUUGCUGCAGAUGUUUGACGAUGGCUCGGGCACGAUAGAUGAUGAUCAUGGAGAUUUAACCUUUUCCUUUGACGACUAA